AUGGCACGUAAUGUACCAUACAUGCUUAAUUUGUAUCAUACAAGCAAGUAUGUGAUAGAGACUGGUAGCAUCAACACUUUUUCGAAUAUGCCGGAUGAUGGUUUGUUUGUUGAGGAAAGGUUGUCAUAUGAGGGAUUGAUUAGUAAGAUUUGUAUGACACUUUGUUGGGAUCCAGCACACGUGAAACUCCACCUUUCUUUGAUUUUCGAUAGUCCCAGUGGUAGACACGUGAAGAUCAAGAAUGAUUCGCAUGUAGAGUUCAUGAACCGUGUAGAUCCAAUGUCAUGUUUGGAUUUAUACAUAGAUUUGGAAGAUAUCACUCAAGAAGAAAGAGAAGCGAGUUUGGAAAACGUGUCAUUUGGUGGUUUUCCAAGGGGGGAACGUGCUAGUACUUCUCGAAACCGUGAUGAAGAGGAGACACCUUUAUUUGCACAAGAUGACUGCGGGGAAGAGUUGGAUUCCGACUACAUAGCUCCAAGUGAAAGCGAAGAAGACUGUGAUGUCUCCGGAGAGAGUGAUUUUGAAGAAAGUGAUGAUGAAAGGUAUAUUGCUGCGCUUAAGUUUACUAAUCCUGACACUGUAGUAGAGUUGGAAUGGAAGGAGGGACAAGAAGAAUCCAAAAAGCAAAGUACUCGAAUUUCGGAAAGCCAAAUUGGUGAAAUCCAUUCGAAACAAAGUACUCGGAUUUCAGAAAUCCGAAUUGCAAAAAAUCCGAGAUGUCGAGGUCCUCUUUGCCCAACUCAGCGAGAUCAAUUAACAAGCCUGCGUGUUGAAGAUGGUGAAGUAUUAAACAACAUCUGCGUGAGUACCGAGAAGUUUAGAGAAAAACGAGAAGAUGAGAAUCUCCUAGAUGAAGAACUCGACAAGCAUUUGGACGAUAUCAUCAAUCAAACAGAUGUUGCUUUAACCCUGGGCGCAAAUGAUGAGAUGGAGGUGGAGGAUACCCAAAUCCUAGUUGAUGAAGAUCCAUCUUUGCCCUCGCAAUAA